UCACACGUUAUAUGUUAUUCAAUUACCCGAAAGCAGUUGCGGAAUUUGAUGAUCUCUUCGCGCUCACAUCACGAGAACCCCUAUCGUCCACCUGGAACUCUGCGUAGGGCAUCAAUUUGGCCAGACUCUCAAGUCAUGUUCUUGGUUUUUUAAUAUAUAUUUUAGAAGUGUAGCACAGGAAACGCUGUAAAUUGUCUGAGGUUGGGGACCUGUUUGUUAUGCUGUUGAUUGUAAAACAUACACUAAACCCACGCUACUUAAUAACUGCUGUUAGAUUACCACAAAUUAUAGGACAGUAAAAGUCAUUUCUAUUUCCUUGUGAUGACUGUCGUGCACUCCGUGUGGAAUGUAAGGGGGAUUUUACUCUCUAAUGCGCUCGUUGCUUGAAUUAAACUGCAAACCGAAAGUAAACGUUGCAGUACAUGACAAGAAGGCUGAAAGCCAGCAACUCCACCAAAAUAUUGUGUCAUAUGGGGCUGAACUCCAAUGUUUAACAAGGCAAAGUAAUGAGUGGGAAAACCUGGACGUUAAUUAAUUUGUUAACGGCAGUUUCAUUCAUGACACAUGUGCACCAUGGUCAAUCUGGCUGCAUGCCUCAAGAUAUUGAAGUACACUUGUAUGAUGAGUUGAUGGAAGACCAUUUGUUUGAAUUUAAAGUGUUCUCGCCAUCUGAAACAAAUCUUACAGAGGAACGGCUUACACAUCUUUCUGUGUUUAAUACACUAUGUUCUUCUUGGAAUAAAAACAAGGAUAAUUGGGACAAAUUCAGUGUAGUAAAAACUUUUCAAAUGAUGCUAAAUCAUAUAAUUGCAGAAAGUUAUAAUAUUGAAUGUAAUUCCAGUGAAUGUACUGGAGAGUUUUGUGCCAAUCACACCUGUACAGGUGGCUACAAAAUAAAUUAUGUGAACAAAACCACCUUUGGGGAAAAGUUCAAUAAAUCUUGCAAUGAAUCAUUACUAGAUCUAAAAUGUCCAUCAAAAGAGAGCACAACACCUUUAACAUCAGAUGCCCCCCCAAACUCUACUGCUUCUAAAUGGACAACAAGUUCAACACCAAGAAUCAACCAAACCAUCACUGUAAAUGAAUAUUUGUCAACCACUCCCUCAGAAACAACCAGUCAUACAACCAAUCCCAAAGUAGAAAAAAACACAGAUGCAGAAAUGCCGAUGCAGAAAACGUUGAGUUGGGUCCUUGGUGUCUCUCUGCUACUGAAUGUCCUUCUACUCUUUUGUGUGUGGUUUCUGUACAAGAACAACAAAUGACUGAGUUCCUGAAUAUGUCUAACUUGCAGUGGAUCACAGUCACUAUCUGCCCUUGCGCAUUGAAUGUGAGGUCCUGUGAAGUGUGAAGAUUCUACAUUCUACAUGCUACAACAUAAGAUCUGUGCAUGACAUAGUGUUACCUUUGAAUCUGUGAUUGACAAUAUCAACCACACCAAUGCGGCUUCUUAACAUGAACACACAAAUUCACAAAACUGGUGUAAUUUUCCAUUUUGAAACUAUGGUUGUCCUGAAUGUGCCCACAUAGCUAUGUUGUGUCAUGAAUUUGCCUUGUGUAUGAAUAAAACACUUGUCUUAUGCUUCAUCUGUUAAUGGACUGUUGAUCCGGUGUGUACCAUAAUGGGCCUGCUGUUAAACAUAUGGUUACAUUUUAACAUUUGUGCCUUUUGGCACUUUGGUGAAGAACUGUUUAUUUCUGGUUGGCUAUGCCAGAGUAUUUCUCUUUAAAGUAAAAAGGGGAAAAGAAAGUACUUACAGCAAAAAUGCUGAUUACAGUUAAACAUUUACUACUACUUUACAUACUGUCUUUUUAAGCAGCCAUUUUUUUGUACGUUAAAAUAAUUUAUAUUGUAUUGUUAUAUUCUACUGUAUUGCUGCAAAUGCACAAUA